GGGAUGCAUACAGGGGACAGGUUAUUCCUUUGUGGGAACAGCCACUCAGGUCUCCUGUUUUUCCCCCAGUACUGUUUGUCGUGGGAGGAAUGAUCUUUAAAGCCCCGAAUGAUCUGGGAUCAAGACAUCUGGAGGGCUGCCUUCUCUUUAGCAACCUGCCCACCUAUUGAGAUAAUCUUCAAAGUCCUUCCAGUAUAUCCAGUCACCCAGAGAGUCAUCUUUGAAAAUAUAGUCACCUUACUCCGACCCGCUAUGAAUAUAAAACAGAACCUGUGAAUUUAGAAAACUUGACAUUCCUCCGUUCUAGCAUAAACAACACUACAGUCAGGAUCUUGGAUGACUUGGAUAUUGUACAGGACAAUGAGCAUUCUGCUAAUUGAGGCUUUCUAUGGAGGUUCACACAAGCAGCUUGUGGAUCUUCUGCAAGAAGAAAUUGAAGACUGUGUCCUCUUUACUCUCCCUGCCAAGAAAUGGCAUUGGAGAGCAAGGACUGCAGCGCUUUACUUUAUGCAAAAUGUGCCCGCCAGUCCUGAUUACAGGAUCCUCUUUGCAAGCUCGGUGCUUAACCUGGCUGAACUCAUUGCCCUUCGGCCUGACCUUGGCAAAUUGAAAAAGGUCCUGUACUUCCAUGAGAACCAAUUGACUUAUCCUGUCCAGAAAUCUCAGGAAAGGGAUUUCCAAUACGGAUACAACCAGAUUCUUUCAUGCUUAGUUGCUGACAUUGUAGCAUUCAACUCAGCUUAUAAUAUGGAGUCAUUUCUAACAUCCAUUGGAAAAUUUAUGAAGCUGAUACCUGACCAUAGACCUAAAAAUCUGGAAAAGCUGAUCAGGCCAAAAUGUCAGGUCCUUUACUUUCCAGUGAGGUUCCCUGAUGUGAACAGAUUUAUGCAAGAACACAAGGAGGCACCUGGUUCAAAAGGAGGUGAAGAUAGUUGUCUGGUGAUGGAUCUGCUUUCCCAAGAAAAGAAUGGUGAAACUUCAGAGUUGACAAGCAUCAGCAUCUUGCCCCAUGAAUCUGGUUAUGAUAAGGUACAGUCUGGACUUGACUCCCAGGUGCAAGAGGGUCUACUUUGUCCAUUAACAACACUAGCAGAACUGGACAAGCCUACAUCUUCCAAAGGCACUAGCCCUUCUGAAGAGGAGGAUAGCAAACCUAUGGGUGUUAACCUUAGCAACAUCUCGGGAAGAUUGGACAAUCAGGAGAAACCUUUGCACAUUGUUUGGCCGCAUAGGUGGGAACAUGAUAAGGAUCCUGAAAGCUUCUUUCGAGUACUGUUGAAAAUGAAAGAGAUGGGGCUCAGUUUUCAUGUGUCUGUCCUUGGCGAGACCUUCACAGAUGUACCAGAUGUCUUUUCAGAGGCCAAAAAGACGCUGGGAUCAUCUGUCUUGCACUGGGGCUUCCUACCUAGCAGAGAUGAGUAUUUCCAAGUUCUAUGCAUGGCUGAUGUUGUUGUCUCCACUGCUAAACAUGAAUUCUUUGGUGUGGCAAUGAUAGAAGCUGUGUACUGUGGCUGCUAUCCACUCUGUCCCAAAGCUUUGGCCUAUCCAGAAAUAUUUCCAGCUGAAUAUCUGUAUUCUACACCUGAACAGCUUUUUAAAAGGCUUCAGAAUUUCUGCAAGAGGCCAGAUAUUGUAAGGAAACAUCUCUAUAAGGGAGAGAUGUCUCAGUUUUCUUGGGCAGCGCUUCGUGGUAAAUUCAGGUCUCUGCUCACAACAGAACCAAGGGAAGAUUUGUGACAGAUGGGGCUAAGUCACAAACUUGCAGCCUCAGGCAAAAUCUGUAGAACUUUCCAGAGUCUGCCCAUAUUUACCUGAUCAGAGAGAAAAGAAAAGCUGCAGAGGAAGCUCAGCCUGGCUGCUUGUCAUAGCUGACACAGAGCCAUCUGCCACAAACCUGUGGCGGCUUCAGAUCUCCAAUCCCUGCCACCACCCUGACUCAAAUUAAAUACAGAUUCCGAGAGACGUUACGAUGGUUACACAUGUACUCGGCAUCACAUGUAGGAGACUAUUCGGGAAAAAAAUGUGGCCUGUUGUAUAACUGUGCUCAUGUAUCCCAUAUGUGGUGCCACAUUGAAUUUCCGGUGGAAUCUGUUUUUAUCCUUUGUACUGGAUGACAUGGUGCCUGAAUUCUUUCUUUUUUGCUGACGUGAUGGCAGCCAAGACAGCAGCUUCAAACGCUUGCUUCUUGGCUGGCUUCCUUUCUACCUAGGUUGCCAGGUUAUCAUUGGAGCCUCAUGGUGUCCUCUGAGGGCCACGGUCUGAAAGGAGGACCAGCGUCGCCGGGACUAAUUGGGCAAGCCUCUGUGCAUUGUUUUUUUGGGGGGGGAGGGUGAAGGACGGCUUUUGCACUUUUUGUCUCCCCACUGCCUCUCCCCUUUUCUCUCUCCCUCCCCUUCCCAAUCCUUUUGCAAAUUAAUGACUCUGUGGCAUAGAGGUUUCUAAACGAAGGUAUUAAUAAGGGGUCUGGCAGGUAUUCCCAUGAUUCACCGAGCUGCAUUUGCAUUUAAUUAAUCUUAAAGAAAGCUGCAAGAUAAACAGCUGUAAUUCAAACUAGCAUGGGAAAUAUGCUACAUGGUGCCAUCUAUCCGAUAAAAUAAAAGCCGAGACACUUGUUUCCUUUCUCUCAAGGUUGAAGAACAAAUGGAUAGACGUCAAAAUAGUCACACAGAGAGAGAGAGAGAGUGUGUGUGUGUGUUACAGCUGUCGUGUACAUGGGUGUGGUGGUAGGGACAGAAUAUGUAUCUAACUUACAAAUACAAGUUUUUCAAGACAAAUAGAUCAAUAUUCCACCUGUCAAGUGGCUGCAUAUGUUGAUGCUAACUGUUUUGAAGAUUUUGAAGACUGUACAGCAAGUUUUUAAUAAAGUGCCCACUGUAA